AUGGUUGACGGUGAAGGUGACGAAGGAAUUAUACGAAAUGCUGCAGAUAUUAAUGAUGAUGUGGAAAGCUUCUACAGUCUAGAAGUACCUCUUUUCAAGCUGUUAUUUAUGGCUGAUGAAGUUUAUCUUAUAGAAAUGAGCGAACAAGUAUUUGAAUACUUAUUAGGAACAGUGUUGCUGGAGCCUUGUUUCAAAGUUCAUCGAAUUGCCAAAAUUACAAAUGCUGUGCUACCACCACCAAUUGAUGUGCAAAAUGAACCUACCGCAGUGGGUGAAUAUGAUAUUUUUGGUAGUGCAUUAAACUCGCAAACAAAGCAUCAGAAAAAUAUGGAUGUUGUAUGCGAUGAAUGCAAACGGCCUAUCGCAGCAAGUCGUUUUGCUCCACAUCUUGAAAAAUGCAUGGGUAUGGGACGAAGUAGCUCACGAGUCGCAAGACGUCGGAUAAACCAAGCAAUUAAUUAUACUAAUUCAAUGAAAGCUUCGCUCUCAGCAAGUCGUUUACGUGAAUAUUCUAGUCGGGAGAGUGAUAUGGAUCACUCUGAUGAAGACUCACAUCAUACAGCUGCGGACGAUGAUGAAGAUUGGACAAGUAACAGAAGAUCCCGGAAGUCAAGAAAAACAAAAUCAAGAAACCGAACAAAGACGAUAUUCUAUUGA